ACUUCUCCCGGAAGUGGUUGCCGUGCAGGUUGGAGGCCUUGGUAACCAAGUCAUGGCGUCGGAGGCGCUGCCCCCUUUGCCGCAGCAGUUCAAGCAGAUCCAGCAUCAUCUGCGCACCGCUCAGGAGCAUGACAAGCGCGACCCAGUGGUGGCCUACUUCUGUCGCCUUUAUGCCAUGCAGACUGGAAUGAAAAUUGACAGUAAAACGCCAGAAUGCCGUAAGUUCUUGGUGAAGCUAAUGGAUCAGUUAGAAAUUAUGAAGAAACAGUUGGGUGACAACGAGUCAAUUACACAGGACGUGGUGGGCAAUGCUCACAUCGAAAAUUAUGCCUACAAGAUGUUCCUGUAUGCAGAUACAGAGGAUCGUGCAGAAAGAUUUCACAAAAACAUGAUCAAAUCAUUCUACACUGCCAGUCUGUUAUACGAUGUCCUUACCGUGUUUGGGGAGCUCACUGAAGAGAAUAUCCAGCACAGGAAAUAUGCAAAAUGGAAAGCAGCCUAUAUCCACAACUGUUUGAAAAAUGGCGAAACUCCCAAGUCUGGACCUAUAGGGAUGGAAAAUGAAUUUGAGAAUGAGAACGAGGAUGAUGCUUCUCUCCCACAGUCUUCUCUCUCCAACAAUCCUGCUGCAGCUAUGCCAUCGUCCGACCUCUCCAAUAUUCAGAACCCCGCUGCCAAUCACACUUCGUCAAAUUUCUCAACCAUUCACAUCCCUCCCGGUGCCCAUGCUCCAGCCAAUACUCCAGCCGAAGUGCCCAGCAACUCAGUGUUGCCCAACACUCCGACAGUACAGCCAGGACCACAGAGCGUACCAAUAAUUGACCCGUCAUUGUACAGCGUCAAGCCUCAGGGGGAGGUACGCCUGACCCCGGAAGACUACGCCAGAGCUCAGAAGUACUGCAAGUAUGCCGGCAGUGCUCUGCAGUAUGAAGACGUAGGGACGGCCGUGCAGAACCUUCAGAAGGCCCUCAAGUUGCUUACCACAGGGAGAGAAUGAGUCCUCUACAUAGCACCGCCUACCUGUAACCAUGUCCACCCGAGUAGCUGACCAGUGCCUGACUCCGGUCUCUGUUCCAUAACGAAGGAGCCUGUUGUAACCUCUUCAGCAACUCCCCUCUCACUUUGAUCUAAAGAACUAUGUUGGUGUUUCUGAUCUCGAAGGAAGGGACUUUGGGCACUGGGUGUGACUAUUACAAGCUUGGUUUUAAUAUUGUCUGAAAGGAAAGAGCACACUUAGUAAUAAUACUAAUGGAGCCUGCAUUGAGUUCUCCAAUUCUUCUGCCUUCUCAGUGAGGUAAUUGCCCUGUAAAUGGAUAUUUUAGCAAGUAGUGGCACCCAGGUAGUGAGAUAAGACCAUGUGUGACAGUCUCCAUAUCCUUGGGCAAACACAAGAAAAUCUGCAGAUGCUGGAAGUCCAAGCAACUAACACAAAAUGCUGGAGGAACUCAGCAGGUCAGGUAGCAUCUAUGGAAAAGAGUGAACCUUUUCCUCUUUUCCAUUGGUGCUGCAUGGCUUGCUGAGUUCCUCCAACGUUUUGUGUGUGUUCCAUAUCCUUGGACCCAGGUAGUCAGAUAUUGACAGUCCUUGUACCCAGAUAAUCAGAUGAGCAGCAGACUCAAUAUCCUUGUACAGCAGCAUGUAAAUCAAGUCUAUCCACCCCUUAGCAAGCAUGCUCAGAUUCCCAUCUGGCUGAAGAGGACUUCUGUCUUCCACAGAUACAAGCACACCAAAUGACCACCUCCAUUAGCUGUACGUAGCGCCCGCAUUGCUGAGUUGGUCUGGACACCUGUUUGCAAGGGGCCAAAAAUGGAAUGCAAUGGCCGCAGAGACAGAUCUCAGGCAUUACACCAGCUUGCAACCAAACUACCUGGAAUCACAAGGCUGAUGUGCCCAAAGUCUCCCAAAGCAGCAUUGAACAUCCAGUCUAAAAUAUCCAUUCAGAGGAAUAAUCCAGCUUCACUCAUAAUAUAACCAGAUCCCAGAAGACAUAUUCAGUAUGCAUGGAUGAGUAUUGUUGACAUAAUGUUUUGUGAUAAAUACCGUGUUUGUCUGUUUCUUCUCGGGGAUGAGAUGAUGUGUAUUGCACUGGAUGUGUGUGCAUGUGUGGCUAAAUCAAACAUCUAAAAUUACUACUCUUUAGUUAUUUACAAAUUUUCAUAAACUCACUGAAAUAUCAAGUGCAGCAACUUUAACACUGCAUAAUAGUUCUUAAUUGGCCUUGUACAACAUAACAGUACUGAUUAAAGCAUUGUUUAUUAUUUUGGAAGGUCACUAGAGAACUAAAUUUAAUUGUUAAUGAAUCCAUCCUCCGCUCCCCCAUGGUCAACAAGAUCCCCUAGGCCUGAUUUGCAGUUGAUGUGAAGUGCUCCCACAUGGCACUUUUGGUUACUUGUACUGAUCAAUCUAUAAGAGAAAUAAAGUAUGUGUCUAUGA